AUGUUGGGACCAAAGGCGUGGAUCUGGGCGGCAAUCGCUGCGUCGUCUGUCCCAGCAUCUCUUGCUGCUCAAGCCCCCUUGAAUCUUGGGAGUGGCUUCACCCUCGCGGUAGAUGAGAGCACCAACCAUCUCGCGGUAACUCGCGAUGAGCAGAUCAUCUGGGAAACCAUUCCCAACCAACCCUUCCUCAGUGCUAGUGCGGGUUCCGAUCAAGUCAUUGACUCCAGCGGCAACUUCAAGAUUACCGAGGUUGAUCGGAGCAAAUGCACGGGUCAGCGCAUCACUCGCGCGUCGCAGAAGACGUGGCAGGGCAGCGCGAACAACCAAGCAGCCGUGAUUCAGGGCGUUCUCUCCGGCUGUGGGGAUGGGUCGGCCGCCUUCUCGCUUGCGUUUUGGGCGCCUGCCGAGUUUUCAGACCGCAUCGCAUUUCACAUUGACGUGAAUCCGGACUCGUCCACUGACCCUGCCACCAAGCUGUUCUUGACCUAUCUUUCGUCGCCAUCGGAAGACUUCUACGGUUUGGGCGCCCAGGCGUCUUUCGCGUCAUUGAAGAAUCAAUCGGUCCCUAUCUUUUCGCGGGAACAAGGAGUUGGCCGUGGGGACCAGCCGACCACAGACCUCGAGAGUGAAAAUAGCUUCUUCGCUGGUGGCUAUCAAUUCACCACCUAUUCUGCAGUGCCGCAAUAUAUCUCUUCCGAUGCACGCGUGUUCCACCUCGCGGAGGAGAGCACUGUCUACACCAACUUCGAUUUCCGUGAUCUCGAUGCCGUGACCGUGCGAUAUGCCGCAGUGAACGUUGACGGAUAUUUCAUGCAGGCAAGCAGUAUGCUGAAUGGCAUUACAAUGCUCACGGAGUACACUGGCAGGAUGGCCGAACUCCCGACUUGGGGUGGCCAGGCUAAGGUCAAUGGAAUUGUCGAGCAGGGACUCCGACAAGAGUGCCCUAUCGCUGCCGUGUGGCUUCAAGACUGGUCUGGCACUCACACCCAGAGCGUGUCAUAUAUGACUCUCAAUAUCUCGCGUUUGUGGUGGAACUGGGAGUAUGAUUCAGAGCUCUACCCGACUUGGCCCGAGUUUGUGCAAAAUCUGCGCAACGAGUAUAAUGUUCGCACGUUGUCUUAUAUCAACCCGUUCCUGGCAAAUGUGAGCACCAAGCCGGAUGGCUACCGGCGUGAUCUCUACUUGGAGGCCACCAACGGUGGCUACAUGAUUCAAAACUCGACAAUGAACAGCACAUCGAUUAUUUCCAGUGGACCGGGAAUCGAAGCAGGAAUUAUUGAUCUAACUAAUCCAGCCGCCCGCUCUUGGUUCACGGAUGUUCUCCUUGAACAGGUCUGGAGCGCGAAUGUGUCGGGUUAUAUGGGUGACUUCGGCGAAUACACCCCAGUGCUCCCGGACACCCGCUUCGCCAACCGCAGCGUGGAUCCGUUGUUUUACCACAAUGAAUUCCCUCGGGACUGGGCUAAGCUGCACCACUCCCUUACCAAAAGCGUGUCGAGUUUCUCAGACGCCAUUAUCUUCCAUCGCUCAUCCUCGCUGGCAGCCAACGGCUACAUGAAUCUCUACUGGGUUGGUGACCAGAACACUGACUGGGUUGUGAACGAUGGCAUCAAGGCGGCCGUGACGGUUUUGGGCCACAUGGGACUGUCGGGAUACGCGUAUGGGCAUGCGGAGAUCGGCGGUUAUACAACAACAUGGAACGCCAGUGGAAUUGUGAAUCGCACGACAGAGUUGCUAGGCCGCUGGGGAGAGCUCGCUGCUGUGUCUAGUGUCGUCUUCCGCUCGCAUGAGGGCAAUGUACCUCAACGCCCGGCUCUACACCAAUUCGUCCACAUAUGCGUAUCACGCCUAUAA